AUGCGUGCUUACUACUUUGACAACCUUGAGGGUGACCAACGCCUCCCACAUGACUCUGGCAUGGACGUUCCAGAUGAGGUCUUGAAGUCCAUUGGCGUCUUGCACUGGCACAUUCCCAUUGAUGCUGAGGGCAAGUAUGAGCAGGAGAUUACUGCUGUUGCGAAGGAAAGGAGUUACAGGAACCACGAUAUUGUUUCAAUUAGCAAAGAGGGCCUUGGUGAUGAAUUUGAAACAAAGAUCAAGAGCUUCUACCACGAGCAUAUGCACGAAGAUGAAGAAAUCCGAUACAUUCUGGAAGGCACCGGCUUCUUUGACGUUCGUGAACAGUCCAGUGAAUCCUGGAUUCGUUGCCACAUGGGUGCUGGUGACCUCUUAGUCCUCCCUGCGGGUAUUUACCAUCGCUUCACUCUCGAUAUGGGCAACCGCGUCAGGACCAUGAGACUGUUCAAGGACGAGCCCAAAUGGAUUGCGCAUAACCGUGGCGACCAGACGGAUGCUAACCCCUACCGCUUGGAGUACUUGAAGAGCAUUCAAGUUCAGUAA